CCUUUUAGGGGAGACCCACAGACUGCUAACUGGUGUCAGAUAAUAAGCGCUCAUUUCCCAGUUGGUGUUGUUUAUUGGGGCGCGUUCUUAUUUUUCCUUUGCGGUAGUUAUGCUUUUGCCAUCACAAUGAAAUUUGUGAGGUUCCUCAUGAAGAAUUCUGCUUUGGCCAACGUGCCAAAGCACAUUGACCAUUUUUCGAAAUUCUCACCUUCUCCUCUUUCCAUGAAACAGUUUCUUGAUUUCGGUUCAACCAAUGCAUGUGAGAAGACGUCGUUUGCCUUCCUGAGACAGGAGCUUCCCGUCCGCCUUUCUAACAUCAUGAAGGAGAUCAAUUUGUUGCCCAGCCGUCUGCUGACGACCCCUUCCGUACAGCUGGUGCAGAGCUGGUAUAUCCAAAGCUUGAUGGAGAUCCUGGAAUUCCUUGACAAAAGUGCUGAAGAACAUAAAGUCCUGGAAGACUUUGUGGAGACACUGGUGAAUAUCAGGAACAGGCACAAUGAUGUAGUGCCCACUAUGGCACAGGGCGUCAUGGAGUACAAGGAGGCCUUUGGUCAGGAUCCCGUGACCAAUCAGAACAUCCAGUACUUCCUGGACCGCUUCUACAUGAGCCGCAUCUCCAUACGCAUGCUCAUCAACCAGCACACUCUUGUCUUUGAUGGAACCACAAACCCAGCCCACCCAAACACUAUUGGCUGCAUUGACCCCCACUGCAAUGUCGCAGAGGUUGUAAGAGAUGCCUUUGAGAGUGCCACGAUGCUUUGUAACCAGUAUUACCUCACUUCACCUGACCUGGAGCUGCAAGAACUUAACACAAACAAUGCCAAACAACCCAUCCACAUUGUCUACGUACCUUCCCACCUGUAUCACAUCCUCUUUGAGCUUUUCAAGAAUGCUAUGAGAGCAACGAUUGAAAACCAUGAGGCCAGUAGCUACCUUCCACCAAUUCAAGUCAUGGUAGCGAUUGGUGGAGAGGACCUGUCAAUCAAGAUGAGUGACAGGGGUGGUGGGGUGCCCUUCCGGAAGAUGGAGAAGCUAUUCAGUUAUAUGUAUUCUACAGCUCCCACACCACAGAUUGGCCAGCACCAGCGAACACCACUGGCUGGGUUUGGCUAUGGUCUUCCCAUCUCACGGCUGUACGCACAGUACUUCCAGGGAGAUUUGCAGCUUUACUCGAUGGAGGGCCAUGGCACUGAUGCCGUCAUCCACCUGAAAGCUUUGUCAACUGAUUCUGUGGAGAAGCUGCCUGUGUUUAACAUGACAGCACUGAGACAUUACAAGAUGAGCCACGAGGCAGAUGACUGGUGCGUGCCCAGUAAAGAACCCCUCGACCUGGCUUUUUACCGGGUGGCCAAGUGAAGGAGAUGGUGUGGACCGCCAGCCUUACUCAUCGACCAUUCUGCUUGAAGAGGGAAUGCAGACUGCAGCUCAGUAGUAAACUAAUAGGAGGCAACUUGAGAGACUGACAUCUGUAGGGAUUUGGAGAUCAUCUGUCCGUGGAAUUUCUGGACUGUGAAAAAUGUGUCACUGUGUUAAACCACAGUUGUUGUAUCAUUUCAGGAUCACUGUAUGUCCAUUCGCACUGUCUCCUAGAUUUUCUGACCAAGCCGUCGGGCCUGUGUGAAGAUAGCGUGGAGGUUUGGUCUGCGUACAAGUAGCCGUGACUUAGAAAGUGAAAGAGGCCUGAGUAUGUUGUCCUUGGAAUGGUGUUCGGAGUUUUAGAGGGCAUUCAAGAUAGGAAAUGAUCAAAAGCAGCAUUUUAAAAAUACCGCUCAACUGAUGAGCAGUGCUAAAUAUUUUACAAGGAGAUAAAGGAUUUGGAAAGAUUCUGUAACCAUUAGGUUGUCUUUGCUGUUGAUCAUGUAAUGUUUAUACCUUUGUCGUCUUGUCUCAGAAGCUUGUGGCACCUAUACAGCCAUUGAUUUAGAAGAUCCUGUGUCACAAGCAUGAUAUAAUGUAAAUAUCCUUGCACUUAUUUUGAUUUGUCCCCAAAUUAUGACUGUUUUUUCCCCAGAAAACCUGAGUGUACUUGUGUAUGGUACAAGCUUGUGCAGCCAAAGAACUAUUGCCAGUAUAGGGCCUAGAGUUUCAUUGGCUAUGGCGUAUUAAGGGAUGACCGGAAGCUGGAGUAAUCACACUGAAAAUAAGUUUGUGUGUCUGCUUUGGUAAAGGCAUCCUCUGCCAUGACUCACAAAAAUCUUCUUGAUUUAAUUAGCAACAUUGGAUGUGGUCCUUUGUUUUCAAAAUUUACGUAAAAUUUAUGUAAUGCGAUUCAAUUGUGCAAUCGUUUACUGCAGCAUUUAACAUACCAACAUUUCUGUGGACCUCAAAGUACACGAUAUAAGGUAUUUAAUACUUAAAAACGGUGCAGUGUCUUUUUGUGCAUGCAUAUAUUUUGUUUGAUCAUAUAACAUAAAAUGUCUGCAAAAGCUGGUUGGAAUAUAACAUAUCCAGUAUGAAGAUAUAUAAGACCAUUUUGGUACUCUGGAUUCCAGUAUUGUAUUUGCGGUGCUAGGACCGAUUUCAUAUGCUCUAUGCUGACAAAGCAGUUAUAAAAAGCCUGAAAAUUAUAUUUCACCAAGUUAAAAAAUCAACUUUUGAAUACUCAGUCGGCAAAGAGUUUUACAUCACUAUGUAGAUUUCUUCUGAUUUUGGAAUAAUGACCAGACUUAUGAUCCAGCUACUUUAAAAGACUCUCAUAUUACUUUUGGAAAAUUAUAUGUUGCAGUUCGGAAUUUCAUGUGCCCAGUGCUGAAGUGCUCAUUUCCAUUCUAUUAGUAUCAUUUUCAAAGCAGAGUGUAAUUGUGUUUUGCUGUAUUACUUUGAAGUAACAUCAAUGUGCCUUUUCUGGUUUGAGUGAUGCUGUUUGUUUGUAUAUAUGGGUCCACUGCAUGUGCACAUUUGCACAUGAAAUCUUUUUUGUUUUGUUUGGAUUUUAUUACCCUGUUUUUAACUGAGAAGGAGGAUUCUAACACCAGUAUUUUGUUUAUAUUUUGAAAAUACUUAUUUUUGUAAA